AGAGGAAGAGCUGGUCGUGUUAUGCCUGGAGAAUGUUAUCACCUCUAUCCUAGAUGUGUCUAUGAUGCUUUUGCUGACUACCAGCAGCCGGAACUCCUUAGGACACCUUUGCAGUCUUUAUGUCUACAAAUUAAAAGCUUAAGACUUGGAAGCAUUUCAGAGUUCCUGUCCAGGGCGUUGCAACCUCCUGAAGCAUUAUCUGUCCAAAAUGCUGUUGAGUAUCUAAAGAUCAUUGGGGCUCUUGAUGACGAUGAAAAUUUAACAGCUUUAGGGAAAAAUCUGUCUGUGCUUCCGGUGGAGCCUAAACUCGGAAAAAUGCUUAUUUUAGGGGCUAUCUUCAACUGUCUAGAUCCAGUAAUGACCGUUGUCGCUGGUCUAAGUGUCAGAGACCCAUUCCUUAUGCCAUUUGACAAAAAAGAU